AUGUGGGCAGCGCGGCAGAAUAAAAAUUGUUAUCCAAUCAGGCAGGCGGUGGAAUCCAUCGAGAUUUGGUGCAGCCUAGCAGAACUUAGAAAAAGCUUACCUGCUUUGCCGACACGGUCCUCCCCGAAAGUUGAAGAUAGUCGCAACUCCAAGCUCGCCAAUUCAUCAGCCAAGAUGUUCUCCCGCGCCGCCACCCGCACUACGACCACUCUGGUCUCCCGCCGUGCUUUCCACGCCACCCGGGCUCGCAUGUCCUCGCCUUACCACUACCCCGACGGCGCCUACACCAACCUGCCCUUCAACCCUCACAGCAAGUGGUUUGGUCUCGGCUACUGGACUUUCAUGGCCACCGGCUUCUUCGCCCCCUUUGGCAUUGCCGUCUACCAAACCUACAAGUCGGACCCUUAA